CUGUUAAUAUUAUUCACAAUUUUAAGAAAAUUUGCAUGGGAUUAUGGGAGAUUAGCGUUAGUUAGUCGUGCAGAAGAAAAAUGGACCUCAUUAUUUUAUGGUGAUCAUGAUAAGAGAGAUUUACAUGGAUCUCAGGAAUCAUUUGAUACAUCUUUACAUAAACAAGAUAAGCAUUUAUUAUCCUGGAUUCCAGCUUUCUUCAGAGUGAAAGAUUCAGAUAUUCUACAUAAAUGUGGCCGUGAUGCUAUACAGUAUAUGUCCUUUCAGAGAUAUUUGAUUAUAUAUGUAGCUAUAAUUUGUCUGCUGUCUAUAUGUGUUAUAUUGCCUGUUAACUUCCAAGGAGACAUCUUGGGAAAUGCUACUGAAUUCAGUCAUACAACAAUAGGCAAUGUGCCUUCUAACUCACCAUUACUAUGGGUUCAUGCUAUAUUCUCUGUUAUAUAUUUGUUAAUAAUGGUGUUUAUUGUGAGACAUUUUCAUGUGAAUUUGGAAUUUGAAGAAGAUGAACAGGUUUCAAGAACAUUGUGUGUGUCCAAUAUUCCUAAAAAUAAAUGUUACCAAAGUCAAGUUAAAGAACAUUUUCGUGAUGCUUAUCCAGAAGUGGUUGUUACAGAUGUUCAAUUUGCCUAUAAUAUAACUAAACUAGUUAAUCUAGAUAAAAAGAGAGAAAGAGCAUCAGAAGCCAAGAUGUACUCAGAAAAUGAAUUAGCUAACAGUGGUGAUAGACCUAAUAUGACACCUUAUCCUUGUGGACAGUGUUGUUGUACAUGUUGUGGUUGUAAAAGGGUUGAUGCUAUAGAUUAUUAUACCUAUGAAGAAAAACAACUAAUAACUCAAUGUGAACAGGAAAAAGUUCAUGCUUAUCAAGAUCCUGUUGGAAUAGCUUUUUUAACAUUUCAAUCAGAAUCUAUGGCAGAAAAAGUAAGAAGAGAUUUUAGAGCUAACUGUAAAGGCACACACAAUCCUCAAACAUCAGCCCAUUAUUCUAGUCUAGCUGUACAAGACUGGCAAGUAAAAUUUGCUGCUGCUCCUGAUAAUAUUUACUGGGAGAAUUUAGCUAGACCAGCCUGGAAAUGGUGGGUUUCAGCAAUAGUUAUUAAUGGUGCACUAUUUCUAUUGUUAUUUUUCCUUACUACUCCUGUUAUGUUAAUCAAUGUUAUGGACUCAUUUGAUUAUAAGAAAAAAUUAGAAGACUUACAUAGUCCGUUAUUAGUACAGUUUCUACCUACUUUAUUACUCUGGACUUUUUCUGCUAUUUUACCAAAUAUAGUCUAUUAUUCUGAUCAGUAUAUUGGUCAUUGGACAAAAACUGCAGAACAUCAUGCUGUGAUGAGGAAAACAUUCAUAUUUCUCAUAUUUAUGGUUCUUAUAUUACCAUCUUUAGGAUUAACUAGUGCUAAAACAUUAUUUGAAUGGUUUAUAUUAGAUAAAGGAAAAGGUUUAAGAUGGCAGUGCAUAUUUCUGGCUGGUAAUGGUGCUUUCUUUGUGAAUUAUGUUAUAACAUCAGCAUUUAUUGGUAGUGCUCUAGAAUUAAUCCGAUUUUCUGAGUUAUUUACUUAUUCUUUACGUCUAUUGUUUACAAGAUCAGCUGCAGAGAGGAGUGCAGUGAAAAAGUCUGUCCUGUGGGAUUUUCAAUAUGGUUGUCAAUAUGCCUGGAUGUUAUGUGUAUUUACUAUUAUUGUAUGCUAUAGUAUAUUGUGUCCACUUAUAGUACCAUUCGGUUUGGUGUAUAUGAUAUUUAAACAUAUGGUAGAUAGAUAUAAUAUAUAUUUUGCGUAUAAAGAAUCACGUAUUAAUAAACAUAUACAUGCUUCAGCUGUUAAUUUUGUUAUUAUGUCUGUAAUAUUAUUACAAUUCACAGUAGUAUUCUUCACUGGGUUACGAGCAGGUUUCACUGAGCCAGUAUUUGUGUUCUCUUGUGUUGCCUUAUUUAUGGCUAUGAUUGUGUUCGUUGGUAAAAUAAGUUUUGGAUGGUUUAAACAUUUUGGUACCAAGAAAUACAAGGUAUGUCUUGAAAUUAUUCUUUUCAUUGAAAAUAGAGUGGUUAACUAA